CUCUAAUCUGAGUAAAUAUAUCUAUAGUAUAUGCAGGCUUUUCAGUUGCCUGUUUGAUUUAGGUGUAGAGCAUCGGCAGCUCGCUCUACGCGCACAGACGCGUCGUAGUUGGAUGGGAGUAAACUUUAUUUGAGAAAAACGGUAUCUGACGUGAUCGAUUUGUUUUUGUAUUUAUCAAAUAUCGCUGCAUACCUGUGUAUAAACACAGUUUAUAACAACAGUUCUAUGUUAAAUUCUACAGAACGCAUUUGAUAACAAUGUCUAAAUCAUUGAAGGGUGAGCCUGCAGAGCGCCUCGGAGCUUUAGCAAAUCCUCAUACAACAUCCGUGGACGAUGUGUUGAAGCACUAUGGUGUAACAUUGCAGCAUGGUCUGGACAGCAAGACCGUUGAACUUCGCCUAAAGCAAUAUGGCCCUAACAUGCUAGCUCAGCAUUCAAAGGAAUCUUUGCUAUCAUUGUUCAUAUCACAGUUUGAUGAUUUACUGGUAAAGAUAUUACUUGGUGCGGCAGUAAUAAGCUUCAUAUUGACAUUGACUGAGGUUUCUGAAAGCUAUGCCAUUACUGAUUUCAUUGAGCCCUUGGUUAUCUUAUUGAUUCUUAUACUUAACGCUAUAGUGGGUGUGUGGCAGGAGUCGAAUGCUGAGCAGGCCUUGGAGGCAUUGAAGAAACUUCAGCCUACUGUAGCCACCUGUUUACGCAACGGUCGUUGGAGUACUGUAGAUUCUGUGGAUAUUGUAGUUGGUGAUGUCAUUAAGCUACGCACAGGUAACAAGAUUCCAGCCGAUGUGCGUGUAUGUGAAAUAUCAUCAACAUCGCUUAGUUGUGAGCAGUCACAGCUGACUGGUGAGUCCCGCAACGUUGCUAAGUUAUCUAAGGAAUUACCUAAGGACAUGGCAGGCUGCGAAAUUCAGGAGAAGACAAACUUGUUGUUUUGUGGUACUACAGUUUCCGCUGGUUCAUGUGUUGGUGUGGUUAUUGCUACUGGUAUGUCCACUGAAAUUGGUGCCAUCCAGGCAGCUGUCCUAGAGGCUGACAACCAGGACCGCAGCACACCACUUCAACGUAUGUUGGAUGAUUUUGGUACUACCCUAUCCAAGUUCAUUACGCUAAUCUGCAUUGCCGUAUGGGCAAUCAAUUUCCGCCACUUCAGUGACCCUGUCCACAGUAAUGUUUUCAAGGGUUGCAUUUACUAUUUCAAGAUAGCCAUUGCACUUGCUGUGGCUGCUAUUCCCGAGGGUCUUCCCGCAGUUAUUACCACUAGUCUUGCCCUAGGUACCAGGAAUAUGGCUAAGCGUAAUGCCAUUGUGCGCAAGUUACCAUCAGUUGAGACUUUGGGUUGUACCACGGUGAUAUGUUCCGAUAAGACUGGUACAAUCACUACCAACAAGAUGCGUGUUCAGUUGUUGAAGUUGUUCCAAGAUGAUCACAAAGUCGAUCAAAUAUGCUUUACUCCUGACGGUGAGGUUGAUGCGAAGUCUGGCAGUGCUAAAGACUACGCUGCAAAGGGUAAGCUCAGUGCAUUAGCCGAAACACUUUUCAAAUGUGGUUCGGUAUGCUCCGAAGCUUCGGUGGAACACGACGAGGGUGAGCCUACUGAGGUUGCAAUUCUCCACAUGGUUGACAACCUUCACGCGUUCGUAACUGGUGUAAAGGGCCAGCCUGCUUCAGUAGGAUACCAAAAAAGUAUCCAAAAGGAUGCUACUUUGGAGUUUUGCAGGGACCGUAAGAUGAUGAGUGUCAUUGCUAAUGAAAAUGGCGUUUACCAGGUAUACACCAAGGGGGCACCAGAGUCUGUUCUUGAGCGAUGUACCCACUACAUGAAACCUGAUGGAUCCGUGGUUCCCAUAACUGCUGAGUUGAAAGGCCUGGUUCUUAAGGAAGUAGAGCUUAUGGCUCGUGAAGCUCUCAGGACUAUAGCAUUUGCGUGCCACAGUGACGCCAAGGACUGCCUUGAGUUGUACAAACAGAAGAGUAGCGCUGGAGCUGUAUCUGAGGGUAGUCCUGCAUUUUUCGCUGACAUCGAGCGUGACCUUGUUUACCUAGGUGUAACUGGUAUUCUUGACCCACCUAGGCCACAUGUACAGCAUGCCAUUAGUGUCGCUCGCAGGGCAGGUAUCCGUGUGUUCAUGAUCACUGGUGACAACAAGCUUACUGCUGAGGCCAUUGCCAAGAAGGUUGGUAUAAUACCACAUGAGUACCCUAAUGUCGGUACUCACCUGUACUAUUCCUUCACCGGUAAGGAGUUCGAGACCUUGUCACUAGAAGAACGUCGUCGAGUAGUUAGUGCCGAAGGUGUUGUCUUCAGCAGAACUGAGCCCAAGCACAAGCAGGAAAUCGUAUCGCUUCUGAAGGAAAUGGGCGAAACUGUUGCCAUGACUGGUGAUGGUGUAAACGAUGCUCCAGCUCUCAAGAUGGCAGACAUUGGUGUUGCCAUGGGUAUCGCCGGUACCGAGGUUGCUAAAGAGGCAUCUGAUAUGGUCCUAGUAGAUGACAACUUCCAGUCGAUUGUAGCUGCCAUCGAGGAGGGAAGGUGCAUCUAUUCCAACAUGAAGGCGUUCAUCAGGUAUCUCAUUUCGAGUAACAUUGGUGAAGUGGCUUCCAUCUUCUUAACCGCUGCUCUAGGCAUUCCAGAGGGAAUGAUGCCAGUUAAACUCCUAUGGGUCAACCUGGUCACUGACGGUCUGCCUGCAACUGCACUUAGCUUUAAUCCACCAGACACCCACGUUAUGGAAAAACCACCCCGAAGCAACAAAGAGAAGCUCAUUGAUGGGUGGACCUUGUUGCGUUAUGUAGUUAUUGGUGUCUACGUUGGUAUAUCCACUGUAGGCAUUUUCGUGUGGUGGUACCUCUAUGGCAUAUCCCCUAAUGACGGUAACACCCUGGUCUCACUGGAGCAGCUCAUGCAUUUCAACAAGUGCCCCUUAUGGAGCGGUUUCAAGGUUAACCGUUUAGCUGGUAUGUCCGAGGACAUGUGUAGCUACUUCACUCUUGGCAAGGCCAAGCCCGCUACACUGAGUUUAACAGUCUUGGUCAUGAUCGAGAUGUUUAACGCCUUUAACGCUGUGUCGGAAGAAGCCUCUUUGUUGUCUGUGCCACCAUGGCUUAACGGUCACCUUAUGUUUGCUACAUUCCUGUCCGUAUCCAUCCACUGCGCUAUUUUAUACGUUCCAUUUUUGGCAAAUGUCUUUGGUGUCGUGCCACUUGAUGUGUACGACUGGAUUGCUGUACUAUUAUGGUCAGCACCUGUCAUUCUGAUUGACGAGCUAAUUAAGGCCAUCGGCCGCCGUUACAUUCACAAAAACUCGUCACCAUAUAAACCACUUCACGCUAAGAAGGAAGACUGACAAUGCUCAGUCCCAUGAAGAUACUAUCACAUUGUGCAUCCUGGCCGUAAAUUGGCUACUGUGAGUGCUAAAAUAAGUUAAGGCACUUUAAGAAUCCCGAGAAUUACAUUUAUUACUAAUGUGGUGUUUAUAAUU